AUGUUGCCUGGUCCAAGAGGGUCAUUCUCCUCUUCCUCCUCUUUCUCAUCCACCGGAGGUCUUCCAAACAUCAACAGACUUGAGCUCCAUGCAGGAGAAUUUGGCAUACAGAUGAAUGAUCAAGAAGUGCAUCAGCAAGAAUAUCCUGAGUAUCACGUCCCGGGUUCAGCAACAUCCUCUGUUGUGCGUGGUCGUCUUCCUCAGGUGACUCCCCCUCCGGCCGGCGAUACUUCUUCAGCUAGUGCAGGACAAGUCGACAUGCCACUUCCACCAGGCCACAGUCCUUCUCCCACAGCGCAGUUGGGAAUGCAGAAUCAACAAGAAACACCUGAACAAAAUCGUCCUGGUCGUCGUGUACCAGGAUCCUCCACGUCUUCUGCUACCCAUGGUCAUCUACCUGGGCUUACUUCUCAUCCGCCUGGCGAUACUCUUUCUCCCACAGGACAAUUGGGCAUUCAGAAUGUCUACAAAACCCCACAGCGUGAUCAUCCAGGCCCUAUUCCUGGCAGUACCGCUUCCUCGGUCAUUCGUUGUUAUCUUGAUGAUGGUACUCCUCCUGUCGCUCGUACUUCUUUUCCGUCAGGACAACCAGCCAUUCGAAAUGUUCACCAGACACCUCAAGAGCAGCUUUUACUCGUCCAUACUCCUUCUCCAGCUAGUGCAGAAGACUUAGACUUGCAAUAUCGCUUUGCAGGCCAUACGCCUUUUCCCACUGCCACAACACAAGUCGACAGGCAAUUUCUUCAUCCAGACUAUACCCCUGUUCCCGGUAGCGCUGAGCAACUGGGCGGGGGAACUCCCCCUCCGUGGGCCUAUCAGCAGCAACCCCCCAGUCGUUUUUCAGAUACCACCCCUUCUUCCGGCGGUGGCGUGCUGCUACCGUCCAGUCAUACAUCCUCUACUGUUGCAGCACCAUCGACCAUGCAGAAUGAUCAAGCCAUGCAUCAGCAGCUUCGCCAUACUCCUACUGGUGCAGGACCAUUGGGCAUGCAGGAUCCUCCAUCGACAGAACAUCCGCUUCCACUCGGUGGUUUUUCUGGUACUUCUCCUGCUUUGUCAUCUGGGGGCGUGCGGCUUCCUUCCGAUUCUACUUCGGCCAAUCAUCAUGCUUCUGCUUUUUGUACUGGUUCGACGACACUCGAAGAUCCAUUUUUGACGCCGCAGCCUGAGGAAACACGUCAGCAGAAUCCGCCUCCACCACCACGACCUCGACAUGUGGAGCUUGAUACAGAACAAUUCGGUAUGCGCCACCCCCACGACGUGUAUGGGCAGCUUCCUAGCGGUCAACGACGGUACCCCUUCAUGAUGGAUAAUCCGUCUGAAUGGACAGGACCUCACAAUGGCUAUGGCCAGCUUCUUGGUGGUACUGCGCCAACUACUGGUAAUCCUGUUCAGCUUCCUCCCCCCGGCGGUCCACAUGCCGCUCAGCAGCAGCAAUUGGGACAAUACGACACGAUGAACAAUGCCACUCUCCCACCAACCAUUGAACAACAUCGGGGACAACAAGAGGAUUCAAGGCUCGGUAGCAAUCUCCAGCCAGUCAUUCAGACGCUGAUGGGCAACCUCCCUAGACCUGAAGACAUCCCUCCUCGCGAGGACACGUGGCAGCGGGUGCACGCCAUCUUUGGAGCGCCUUGGGUGCCCGUGGAGAAGCCCAACGGCGCGAUACGCAUCAUGAGACCUAUGAUCCACUCCUAUGACCCUUGGGUUCCUAUGUACCCACCGCAAAUCACAAUGGCGAUUCGCAAUUUCGAGCGGGGUGGUUUUGAUGUCGCUAUCGCCGCCAGGGCAUAUUCCCAAGCAACUCAGGGGUGUGCCGUCAGAAGAGAGUUUUCUACUGCCGCCGUUGGUGCUGUCGUCACCGCAUAUGGCUUUGCCGCCCUCGCCCGCGACGGCGGCGGCGACGAUGCACGUGCCGCCGUCGAUUGUGCCAUUAUCACUGCAGCACGUCUCGUUCUUGCAGGUAUUGGUGACGCUAGAGGCGAUCCUAGUGCUGCCACCGCUGCCGAUCAUGCCAUCCAUGCUGCCAACGAGCUCACCGCCAGUGCUGAUCGCUCUUAUUUGAGUGCCGGUUGGCGUGGCCUGACAAAUUCUGGUUCUGCAGCCACUUCCUCUUCCUCCGGGGCAGUUUAUGCAUCUGCGGCGGAUUAUGACACUGACGGCGGGGCCCCGGUGCAGCAGCAGGCACGAGAACCACCAGCGGUGAGCACAGGGACGCACAUCAACCAGCCAAUAACACCAAUACAGCAGAGACAGGCAGGGCGAUUUAACGUGGUGCGACGUAACGGGGCCUGGUGUCGCGUUGAUUGA